AUGUCCUUUCCUAUAGUUGCCUUUACUGAAUGUGGACUUCGGCUUCCACUUGAUCCCUUGUUUCGUGAAGUUCUUUAUUUCUACAAGCUGAACCCCAUGCAACUUACCAUCAACUCCUAUAGGAUGAUUAAUGAUCUUCAUCAACUACCAAAGAACUUCCGUCAAUCCUUCUUCCCUGGAAAGGACUUAAAGAAGCUUCUUGGUCUUCCUAUCCACAAGCGCAAGGCUCCCUUGUUACUGAAUUUCAUUCCGACAUACAAAUCAACAUUACCCGACGUCCCAAAAAAGAAGAAAAAGAGUCUUUCCCCACCAACUGCCACAACUCAAAGAUUGGUUGAUAUGAAGAAGGAAGCAUCUUCCCUGAAGAAAGAGAUCAAAUCUCUUGAAUCAAAGAUGAGAAAACUGGAGGACCAGGCCGAGGCUGCUACUAAGGCCCAGCAGAUGGCCAAAGAGAAAGUGAAGUCUGCUGAAGCUAUCCGAAAAGUAGCUGAAGCUGAGAAGAAAGAUGCCGAAGUAAAAAAGGCCCAGGCUGAGAAGGAGCUCCAGCAAGCUCUGGCCACCAAGGAGGCCGAUGUCAAAGAGGCUGAUGAAAAGGCCUAUACCCAGGGUAUGGCCGACGUUGAAGACGAAUCCGAGACUGAGGCUGAUGCCGAGGAUGAGGAUCAAGGGAAAAAUGAUGAUGAGGCCUUGGUAAGGAAACCCAAGGAUGCUGCUGAAGCCAAGUCCCUUCCUUCUGCUGAGCAAGUCAUGGAUUUAACCUUGGAUGAGGAGGGUGAUGAGGUUGGGGAGGCACCCAAGGAAAUUGCCAUCGAGCAACUAUCAUCCGACCUUCUUUUGGCCGAAAGAAAGCUGGACAAUACGCUGGCUGAGAUUGAUGCUGAGAUAGAAGCAGAAAAGGUUGCCGAGGACGUUCCACCAGAAUCGUCCGAGGUCCCAGUUCCUGCAGCUGCUAAUACUGAAGAGUCUUGA